AUGAAAAGAUUGCGACGGAUACUGCCUGGCCCGGUGCAGAAGCAUCCAAGGUCGACUUGGGGACGGUUCCGCGAAGAUGUCUACUACCUUCUUGGAGCGGCGGUCAUCAUACUCAUUGGCAUCAUUGUUGUGACCGGCUACGUGUGCUACGAAUUGGCUGCGGAACCGUCUCGAAGAAGGAAGCGGGAGAGAAUCAAGCAAGCCUGGGGUCCCGGGCCUCCCAAACCACACUCCUACCAGCGUUUGGUCGAUAUCGAGAAAUCCGGAGGCCUGGCUGUCUCCAUCGAAACGACCAGGACCGAGGCAACGAUCGCCAAAUGUGCUGAUCAAACCGACUCACCUCUCUUCGCCUUACCAACUGAGGUCCGCCUCUUGAUCUUCGAGUUCGUCCUGAUCCCAUCAGAGAGGCUCCACGACCUCCACCGCCCUUCUCCACGCCGCCACCAACGCUGCUCAUACGAGAUGCUUUUGACAUGUCGCCUCAUCUGGCUCGAAGCCAACGCUCUUGCUCUCCGCCAAGCAGAGCCCACUUUCAUGCACUCUGGACCAGACUCGUUUGCACACCCGGGUCCAGAGGGGCUGGGAUCGUUCACGAAGAUGCUGACACCCAACAACCUCACUCACCUGAACCAGAUCCAUGUCAUCAGCGAUCUCCGCUGGCUGACCUCCCACUGGUACGUGGAUACUUUCAACCGCCUGCUCGGACCAUGGCGUCCGCACAGAGUCCGGGUUACGCUCUGGUACCUCGAUCCAGGUCUCGUUACGUGCCCGCUUGGGCCGGAUGGGACGCCGAUAACUUUGCUAGGGGUUGGUGGCCUUGGUGGCGCCGCGUGCGCGCUACUGAAUAUUGCCAGUGAGACCGGUACUGAGGAGCUGGAUGUCGAGUUUGUUGCAAGAGCAGCUUGGUGGUUCACGGAGCUUGAACAGUGCGUAGACAGUUUACGCGUCGACAGGCAUUAUUUAGAUCGUGCUCCUGGGUGGUCGCUCGUGAGCACGGAGCACGGGGUUCAGGUGACGUCGCAGUCUCCUUCGGGGUUGAAUGUUGUUACCAGGCGUUGCUUGUGGCGCAGAGCACCCCCCAGUCCUGUUGAGGUGGCGACUCCCGCGGAGUACAGUGAAGCUGAGGCACAGAACGUGAAGCCCUCGAGCUCGUCCCAUGCUGAGAUCCAGAGAAUGAGGGAGAUCUGGGAUUGUCAGUGUAGCUUGCUCACGUUCGGAGACCCCAUCAAGAACACCACGGAUUGA